CUCACACCUAUUUCAAAUUAUAGUUAGCUUCGGAAAGUAAACAAGUCUCUAGAUGAUGUCGAGGGCCUACAUACUAAUACGGCAUAUGGUAGUUUCAUGAGUAAUACAGACAGGAGAAUCUCAUGCAUGUCUACAGUUCAGGGCUGAAGCAGUUGGGGGUGGUGGGGAGGGGGGCUGUGUGAACGUGGACGAGGCACAGCUAUUUCCUACCUGUACGAACGGGGCGGGUACAUGUCUGGUCGAAUUGGACAGGAGACCACAUAGGCCUAUAGUAACAAAUAUAAAAGUGAUUUCAAAGGAAUAUCAACAACAACAUUUUUAAUAAGGGCUAUGGGAGCCACAGUGGAAUAUGACAAAGCUUCAUGGGAGCUGACAGUCCAGGUGGACCAGAGAGAUGGAGAUGAGGGGAUGAAGUUUAAACUGCGAGUUUUGGGAAACCUGCAUGUUGGAGGACUCAUGCUCAAACUGGUGGAGAAAAUCAAGGCUCCUCAGGAUUGGUCAGACCAUGCUCUGUGGUGGCAGCAGAGGAAAUGUUGGCUACUGAAGACACACUGGACCUUGGACAAGUAUGGAGUCCAAGCGGACGCUGAUCUACGCUACACCCCACAACACAAACCUCUGUGUAUUCAGCUGCCCAACAUGAAGAUGGCCAAACUCACUGUCAGUUACUCCGCCGUUGUCUUCAAGACUGUCGCCGAGAUCUGCAGGGCGUUAAACAUCAGAAGGCCAGAGGAGCUGUCCCUUCUAAAGCUUCCAGAUGACCCAUCCAAGAAGAAGAAGAAGAAAGACAAGAACCCAGUACUGGAGGACAUCAUAGACAUGGACAAAACCAGUGGAGGUUCUGGCGGACCAGGAACUCCUAUGUAUAGUAAGACCAUGGUGCCCACCUACAACCCAGAGAACGGGGCCCCUGCCACAGCCACCAGCAUGUGGUUUGGGGACAACCUCCUGACCUCCAGCCAGCCCAACCUGCCCCCUGCAGAGCUGGCCAAGAUGUACCAGCCAUUGUCCUUGGUGGACAAAGCUAUCAUUAACGGAGGGUGGUUGGAUUCCUCCCACUCCUUGAUGGAACAGGACAUUGGAGAUGAUGACAGACUUCAGCUACGCUUCAAAUACCAUUCCUUUUACGACCUUAACCCAAAGUAUGAUUCUGUGAGGAUAACUCAGCUGUAUGAGCAAGCUCGCUGGGCCAUCCUACUGGAGGAAAUCGACUGCACUGAGGAGGAGAUGAUCAUGUUCGCCUCCUUGCAGUAUCACAUAUGCAAGCUAACCAUGUCCACGGAACCUCUGAACACCUCUGACGAACCAGAGAUAGAUGAAGUUGAGGCUGCCCUCUCCAAUCUAGAGGUCACACUUGAGGGAGCACAUACGGACAGAAUAUUGGAAGACAUCACAGACAUUCCGAAACUGGCAGACUCUCUCAAGCUGUUCAGGCCUAAAAGACUGACGUUGCGGUCCUAUAAGGAGUAUUGGUUCGUCUUUAAAGACACCACCAUCUCCUACUACAAGAACAAAGAGUCAGCGAGCGGAGAGCCCAUAGAACAGCUGCACCUCAGAGGAUGCGAGGUUGUCCCCGACGUCAACGUGACAGACAAGAAGUUCGGAAUCAAGCUUCUGCUCCCAGUGGCUGAUGGGAUGAACGAGGUCUACAUCCGCUGUGACAACGAGGCACAGUAUGCCAAGUGGAAGGCAGCGUGUACCCUGGCCUCUAAGGGCAAGACAAUGGCCUACAGCUCCUACAGGUCGGAAGUGAAGAAAAUCCAGUCAUUUCUGCAGAUGAAGAGUAUGGCGCCCCCUUCUGGUCAGGCAGCUCCGGACCUGGAUGCCAUGGACAUGAAUCCUGAGUGCUUCGUCUCACCCAGAUACACCAAGAAGUACAAGACCAAGCAGCUGACAUCGAGGAUCCUGGAGGCCCAUCAGAACAUAUCUGGGCUCUCUCUCACUGAAGCGAAAAUGCGCUUCAUCCAGGCCUGGCAGUCCCUGCCAGACUUUGGAAUCAAGUACUACAUUGUCAGGUUUCGGGGCAGCAAAAAAGAUGAGCUGCUCGGUAUCUCAUACAAUCGUCUUAUUCGUAUUGACAUGUCCACGGGCCUGCCCGUCACCACCUGGAGGUUUGCCAACAUGAAACAGUGGAAUGUCAACUGGGAGAUCCGACAGGUGACCAUUGAAUUCGAUCAGAGUGUGGCGAUAGCCUUUUCCUGUGUGAGUUGUGACUGUAAGGUUGUCCAUGAGUACAUUGGGGGAUACAUCUUCCUCUCAACACGCUCCAAAGACCAGAACGAGACACUGGACGAGGAACUCUUCCACAAACUCACUGGAGGGCAGGAAUGAACCUGGGACUCCGGCUUUCCUUUAGCUUGGUGGAGUUUAAACAUAGGGAUUUCUUAUAAGCGGAGACAUUCCAUGCUGUCCAAUUCAGUGAAUCAUUCAUUACUGCACCGGAGGCCUGUGGAGUGAAUCCAUUUCGAUUCAGAAUUGAAAUUCAUGGUGAAUAUGGUUUUGUAGGAUACAUCUUUGAUAGGUUCAUUUGGAAAUGCAGAAACCAGUGUGGAUCACACUACACUGCAUUGUGAACCAUGUUUAAAAUGCCAAUUUAUCCAGGGCUGCCCAGCCCUGUUCCUGGAGAUUUACAGCCUUGUAGAUUCUCUACAACCCUAGCAUUCCUGAUAAUAGGUUUGAGUAAAAUCUGAAUCAGUUUAGUUAAACGUGGGCUUAGAGAGAACAUCCAGGAAGGUAGCUCUCCAGGAACAGGGUUGGGCAGACCUAGUCUAACUAUUGUUAUGGACAACAAGCAGUGGUUAAAGAGGUUUUGGCUAGUUUUAACACUACUACAUGUUUUAUCACUUUAUAUUCCAUGUGGUAUGCUACUUUCACAAUCAAUGUUUACUGUGCUAUUUUAUACAUAUGACUUUUAGGAUAUUUUAUAAUGUAAAGUCUGAUAUUUUAUUUCAAGCCCAACAGAAUUUCAAUGAUAUUUCUGGUGGUGGGUUAUUAAUUAGAAUGUUGAAGAAAACAUUCUGUAAUUGAAAACACUGGAAUUUCUCUUGCCUGAACUGCUGUGAAAUAAACUAAUGAUAAAUGAA